AUGUAUGACUAUGGUGCUCGCUGGGAGAAGGACUGCAAAUUGUGCCGCUGUUCAUUCAGGCACGGGAUCGUGUGCUGUGACAAGUAAGACUUUACGGCUUUGAUGUCAAAUGCAUACUGUGCGACCAACUUUUUCAUUUUUUGGUGUUUUUAAGAAAUGUUUAAUUUCAUCCAUGUUUAUGGACGUGGUAUUUCUUUUCUUUGCCUCUCAGGUUCAUUUCAGGACGUGCAGUCAACUUACCUCCCAACUGCGAGCAACUGAUUGACAAGGAGGCCUGCGGAUACAAGCUGGUGCUGAAAUCAGACCACAAUGUACCUUGUCCACUUGGGCCCCCUCCAAAGGAGGACCUUCCAGAUAUGGCAAUGUUCAGGCUCAAACCCUAA